CAACGAUUUGCGAAUUAAACCCCCCAAAACUACUUGUCCUCAAACAUCUUCACUACCACCACCACAGGCACACAAUGUCAUUACUAUCCUCCAUCCCAGUAGCCUUUGUGGCCCUACUCCACGUCUACAUCCUCGUCCUCGAGAUGUUCCUCUGGACCACACCCCGCGGUCUCAAAGCCUUCGGCCUCAAGCCCGACUUCGCCGAAAAAACGAAAACCCUCGCCGCCAACCAGGGUCUUUACAACGGCUUCCUGGCCGCCGGACUUAUCUGGGGAUUAGUGCAUCCCGUACCGGAAUUCGCGGAGCAGAUUGAACUCUUCUUCUUGGGACUGGUCGGAGUUGCUGGGAUUUAUGGGGGCUUGACUGCGAAGCCGAAGAUCUUCUUUAUUCAGACUGUGCCAGCUGGUAUUGCGAGUUUAGCUGUGUUGUUUGGGUAGAUAUCACAGGGAGUUUGGCAGGGCGGCGUGUAGCAGGGAGCAAGAAAGCCAUAGUUGUGAGGCUUGGGAUUUAUAAGGACGUUUAGAUGGAUAUUUUGUACAGAGCUCGGAAGCUACUACUGCCGUCAAUUUGGUUCGUUUCACGCUUGUGUGCACAAAGAUAAGAGCAUCCAUGAC